UGCUCAGAUUUCAUUGCCACUUUCAUUGAAUAUUUGUCGUUGAUUGUAUGCCAAGAUCAAUGUUUUGCAAAACAAAGCCUCUGUGAUCUUUCCUCUGUUGCGCGGCUCCAUUUUCACUGCUGGCUCUCGAGAAAACGCAAGUUUCGUCUCAUGAGAGGGUUAACACUUUCGCCCAUUGAUGCAGAUCCCGUGCCUGCGUUUCGCGACCUUUUCCUGUCCAGCGAACUGAGCAGCAUGGAAGCCCUGAUUCCGGUGAUCAACAAGCUGCAGGACGUUUUCAACACCGUCGGAGCCGAUUCGAUCCAGCUUCCGCAAAUCGUGGUUGUUGGAACCCAGAGCUCCGGCAAAAGUUCCGUCAUCGAGAGUUUAGUCGGAAGGUCAUUCUUGCCGAGAGGAACGGGCAUCGUGACCCGGAGACCUUUGAUCUUGCAACUGGUCUACACCCCUAAGGAUGACAUGACAUACCGCUCAAAGGAAGAGGGAACUCUGACCCUCGAAGAGUGGGGAAAAUUCCUCCACACAAAGGACAAAGUUUACACGGACUUUGAGGAAAUCCGGAAAGAGAUUGACAAUGAGACGGACCGCAUUGCAGGAAGCAAGAAAGGAAUCUCGGUCGAACCGAUCAGACUGAAAAUUUUCUCAAACAGGGUCGUCAACUUGACACUCGUUGACCUCCCCGGUCUAACCAAAGUUCCUGUCGGAGAGCAGCCUGAAGACAUCGAAGCUCAGAUAAAGGACCUUGUUCUCCAAAUGAUCUGCAACCCGAACUCGAUCAUCCUUGCUGUAGCCACCGCCAACACAGACAUGGCCACCGCCGAGAGUGUCAAACUUGCCAGAGAAGUUGACCCUGACGGCAGGAGGACCCUGGCCGUCCUGACUAAGCUCGACUUGAUGGACGCUGGAACUGAUGCCAUUGAUAUUUUGUGUGGAAGAGUGAUUCCCGUCAAGCUCGGAAUCAUUGGAGUGGUCAACAGAUCGCAGCAGGACAUAAUGAACUGCAAACCCAUUAAAGACGCUUUGAAAGACGAAGCCUCUUUUCUGCAAAGGAAGUACCCGACUCUGGCCAACAGAAAUGGCACUCCGUAUUUGGCCAAAACUCUGAACCGCCUGCUCAUGCAUUACAUUAGAGACUGUCUUCCUGAUUUAAAAGCCAGAGUGAAUGGUAUGGUUUCUCAAGUGCAGAGUGUUUUGAAUUCGUAUGGAGAAGACGUGGCCGACAAAAGCCAAACUCUUCUGCAGAUAAUUACAAAGUUUGCUUCGGCCUAUUGUUGCACCAUCGAAGGAACGUCCAGAAACAUUGAGACAACAGAACUGUGUGGAGGUGCGAGAAUUUGCUACAUCUUCCACGAAACAUUCGGACGAACUUUGGAUUCAAUCCAUCCUCUGACCGGCCUGACCAAGAUGGACAUUUUGACUGCCAUCCACAACGCCACUGGCCCUAGACCGGCUCUCUUUGUCCCCGAGGUUUCAUUCGAACUGCUGGUGAAGCGUCAAAUCCGGCGGUUGGAGGAGCCGUCGCUGCGGUGUGUGGAGUUGGUCCACGAGGAGAUGCAGCGCAUCAUCCAGCACUGCGGCAACGAGGUGCAGCAGGAAAUGCUGCGCUUCCCAAAGCUCUACGAGAAAAUCGUCGAUGUUGUCACCCAGUUGCUGCGGAGAAGACUGCCAACCACAAAUGCAAUGAUUGAAAACAUUGUGGCCAUCGAGAGUGCCUACAUCAACACCAAACACCCUGAUUUCCACCAAGACGCAGCUUUGGUCACUUCGUUGUUGAAAAGUGCUGUCGACGAAAGGGGAAUGAAUAGACCUGCAAACAGGAGAAACAUUUCGCGCGGCUUGACUGUUGUCCCUGGAAGCCAAGAAGUUCCAAAAAACGCGAUGAAAGUGAACGGAGAUUUGAAUGACACUGGUUUGGCAAGGAUUUUGGACAAUGACUCGAACGAAUACUCGGCGGCCAACCAGACAAUGGACAUGCGCCAGCCUCUGACUCCACAGAAGCCAGUCAAUUUGCUUCCGGAAGUUCCGUCGCAAACCAGCAGCCGGAAACUCUCCGAUCGGGAACAGAGAGAUUGCGACGUCAUUGAACAUCUGAUCAAGUCGUACUUCUACAUUGUGCGCAAAUCGAUUCAGGACAGCGUGCCCAAGGCUGUGAUGCACUUCUUGGUCAACUUUGUUAAAGAUAAUCUGCAAUCCGAGCUGGUGGCUCAUUUGUACAAGUCUGACCACGCCGAGCAGCUGCUCAAUGAAUCUGAGCACAUCGCUCGGCAGCGCAAAGAGGCAGCAGACAUGCUCAAGGCGCUGCAGAAGGCGAGUCUCAUCCUCAGCGAGAUCAGGGAAACGCACAUGUGGUAGAAAUGCAAGUUAUGAGUAUUGAAAACUGAAAACCAUUAUUAUUUUAGCGUUGAAUAGACUUUUUGAAUAAAAGAUUGAUUAAACAACAAAGAAAAUAAUUUGUAAU